AUCUCUAAAGGAAAUAUAAUUUCUCGAGUAGCGUAGCCUGCGGAAGGUCCAGUGGAUGUAGUGGUCCUCUCCGAUUUUCCCAUCUCUGGAAUCUCUCUCUGUCUUGAAUACGAAUCCAUCACGCACCAGGAAUGGCUGCAAUUAAUAUAAGCGCACAAAUAGGGUGAAGGGGAGACUGCGCUUUUGAGAGAGAAGGGGAGACUGCGCUUUUGAGAGAGAGAGAGAGAGAGAGAGAGAAUAUCUGAAGCAGAGCACACUUGCUGGACUUUGUGUCUGCGUGUCUGUAUGCGAGUGUGUAUAUAUAUUGUUUAUUUUGGGUAUCUAUGUGUAGAGAAAGCUGAAUCGAUCUCUGGGUAACGGCUAUUCUUUCUUAUGGUAAAGUGGGUGAGGGAGAGAAAGGAGAAUUUUUUUUAUUUCUGAGUGUGCUUUUUGUUGAGUUGCAGAGAUGGAUUACAACAAUGACGGUGGCAAUGGAGGACAAUGGGAUUGGCAUGGGGAGGAUUAUUGUCUUCAAAAGGACUCGAAUUAUGCAGAUGGAUCUCAAUGCUUAUGGAAUGAAGUGGCUCUGAAUGAGGAGGAUCUUUCUUACAUGGUAGAUGAAACAACCCCAGUAAAGGCGUGUGGGGAUUUGGCUUACCAUGUUAAUAAUAGUGAUAACAUGCGGAAGGAACCAGAAGAACGAAAGGAAACUUCCUCACAAUUAAAGAGGCGCCGGAUGUUACAGUUUGAUACUGAAGCAGUUGAUUCCCCUUUUUGCAAUGAAGAGAUGCUGUCUGUGUUUCUAUCAAAUGAGAGGGCGGACUCACUUGAUGAAGUUUUACCGCAAGCAUCAGAUUGGACUCCUGUGUUUUCAGAUGUGUCUGCCUCCAGUUACGAGGCCCUGGAUCAGUCAUCUGAGAGGUGGCUGGCUGAAUGCCUUAAUGACAGUGAGAUGCAGUCUAGUCCCAAUGAUAUGAAUUUUGCUGGAGCAUCUGAUGUUCAAAUUGAUAUUUCAGAGUUCUGCAAUGGUCCACUUGGAAGUGAAGCUAAUAUGGCUCCAAAGCAUGUUGCUCGGACUCCUCAGAAUGUAGUUUUUAAAGGAAAGAAGUCUUUUAUACGAACGCCCACUAAGUUGGCUUCAUCUGUCGUCUAUCCAUUUGCCUUCAUCAAACCCUGUGGGUUCCAUGGAGAUGUCACUCUGAAGGACAUAAACCAACGGAUCAGCACUCCACCAUCAAAAUCAAAGCAAAAUGAUGAAGAUUCUGCUACAUUCCCUACUUCAGCUUUCUCAGGGAAGCCUGUCGUUGGCAAAACAAAAGUUCGCACUGAAGGUGGAAAAGGAAGCAUCACCAUUAUGAGAACCAAAGGUUGACUAGUUAAGUGUCUCUUCCAUACUUCUGGUUUGCUGGCCUGAUGGACUUAUCCCAUUAUACUUCCUUUUUGCUCUGUACCAUUCUCGGGCCUUCAAGUAUAAAUGUUGAUAGUGAAAUUUUUGUUCAGGUUGUUCUCGGAAUUCACACAUGACACUAAAGUGUGUAUGUUUUUCAAGUAGUAUUUUAGGCAUCAAUGGCGGUUGUGUCAUACAUAUUUAACAUUUUCUUUUAGGACUAAUGAAAGAAUCCUGUGUAGUUUUUUGUCUUC